AUGGGGAGUCGGCCUGGUUCCAGCGAAGAGGAGCUCCCGGUGGUGGUGGUGGCCGGCGGGGAAGCUCCGGUGACGCCGAUGGGUCGGGGCCGACCAGAUCCGUCUCGGAGGAGGGGCAACGCCCGGAUGGGUCCGCCGGAGGGGGGGGCGCCGAUGCUGUACGGAUCCGAGGUGGGGAGCUCCGGUCCGGGGAGCCGGGAGGGGUUCGCGUACUACGGCAUCUCCUCCAACCUCAUCAGCUACCUGACUGGCCCGCUCGGGGAGAGCACGGCCGCCGCCGCCGCCGUCAAUGCCUGGUCCGGCGCCGCGUCCAUGCUGCCGCUGCUCGACGCCGCCAUCGCCAACUCGUGGCUCGGCCGCUACCGCACCAUCGUCGCCUCCUCCAUGCUAUACAUCACGGUCAGCCAACUCUGCACAACACCCCCUGAUUUGUUUCCUUCAUCGACGCCAAGCACAACUUUCUUCCUUCUGCUCAAUCAACUUUUCUGUGGAUCUUUUCGGUAG